AUGGAAAAUGCUUUGUUUAAACUUGGAGACUGUGAAAACAGUUUGAAACUAUCAAAAUUGAAUGCUGCUGUAAACUCCUUAAAAAAACUUGAAGGUAAAGUACAUUUUAAUGCCUCACACAUUUUAUAUUUAAUGAAUACUGCUAAAUAUUAUUUCCCCUUUUUAAAUUACAGAAAUUGUUAGAAGCUGCUCUAGGGACAGUAUGAAAGAGGUUUUAGCUGCCUUUGCUGUUACAGAACUUCAAGUGAAAGAAUGUCGUCUGUAUAUUGAGUCACUCAAUCUACCUCAACACCGGUAUAAAGGCUUCAUAUUUGACGCUAUUUCAACCAAUUUAUUCUGCACCAUUGGAAAUAGUGUAUUUUAAUACCACUAUAACAUUGGUCUUAUAUACUGAUUCUCUAAUCCUCUCUUUAUAUUAUUAAAGUGCUUCGUUUAGUGAAAACUGAAACUAUUUUUUCCAUUCAAUAGGCCCAUUGAUAUACAAUCAAGUGAUGCUGGACCAGGUGUUUCCUGCCAUGAAAAACUUGUACAAAUCAGAAUGGCAGAAUACUUUCAAGUUUUCAACCUUGAUUUGCAGGCCCGCCUUCAAUAUGCCACAAAUGAUUCACGCUCACAUAUUGCUGAGCAAGUGAUGCGAAGUUUGAAUGAGGCAACAGGUGAUGGAAGGUCUAUUUCUAUACCAAAUGCGCCUAUUUUUGAGGGAAUGAAUCAGGAACAAGUCUGCAGCCUAACUCAAGACGAGUUUAAUGCCCUAGAAGCAAAGCGCCAGGAGAACAUUGCAAAGCAAUGUGCACAAGAUGUGAUGAGACGCUAUGAAUGUAAAAAGUGCCUACGCACCACUAUUCAUUCACGAUGCCCUAGCUACAAAGAAUCAGAUAAUUUCUUCUUCGAUGAUAAGUACAUGAAGAAGGUCCAUGAUUCCUCCCCAGGUAUGCAAAGCUCUUGUGCUGGAAGUUUCUAUUACUUUCAGCAACUAAAGUUUAUUGAAAAACAUUACAUAGUAUUUGAUGGUGGAAUUCAAGGGAUCCGAAAUGGAUGCAAGGAAGGAGAAAAAAUGUGCAGUGUCCAUCAGAAUAUAUUGGGAUGCAAGUGGAGAGGACCCCAAGUAAGAAGAGUUCCUGAACCGGUAUAUCAAAGAGAGUCACCCAGCUUUCACUAUGAGAACCCAGACUUGUGGCAAGAUUCUGAAGGCGCAACUGCGAGAAAAGUAGACGAGUUUUGUCCAAGAGUAAAAAUCGAGGAUGUCAUAAGGGAGAUUGGUCCCAUUGAGGUCAAGGAAGGGAGUGUAAACAAAUCUGUACACGAUAAAAAUGACACUCUCAACAAAAUGUUGGCACACGUUGACGACAUCGUAGAUAAAUACACUGGGGAGGAUCUCAGGCAGGUAGUUGAGGCAGAAUUUAAAAGAAGAUAUACAAUGCUGGUAAAAGCAUACCUAGGAAAGAAAGCAAGAGCUGCUGUUAAAGCGAAGAAGCUCUCUAAGACCGUAGAUGAAAUAGACUGGUGCAACAAAAUACAAUCUGGAACCCUUGAUAAAAUGUACAUGAGCCAGCUGGAUUUGUAUUUGGAGAAAGUGGCUGGUUUCAAGAAAAGCAUCGUACAAGGAAAACGCUUCUCAAAGGCACAAAAAGUAGAGGCAGUCAAAAGACACCAUCACAGCUGCGAAAACGAUUCACUGACUACAGCAGCGCAACCACCACCCCAACCACAAACGUCGUGCCAACCACUGCAACCACUUCCUCCAUCACAACCAAAACUGAUGGUCAUCCCAUGGGGAGGUCAGACAACCCUUCUCGGAACUAGUGUUUCCUUAACGAAUACCUGUACAAUCGAUAACGGUCUUAUGAUCCUCCAUUCUUUGACCAACGAAUCUGUCAAGAUACGUUCUUACCUAGAAAACAACAACGAGCUUGUGGCGCAGACAUUGUCCAAGUGUCUGAAGCUGGUUGAAAAUAGCAAAUAUGCAGAAGCCAAACUUGAAUGGCUAAAGGCAUCAUCCUUCCAAGUUGGUCCAAAUGGCAUUCUUGACAUGUGGGGUAACGAAGAGAACAUGUUUACCCGCUAUCUGAUUCCUCUUAUGAAAUCCUGUGUGACCACUAACUGCUCAUCCUUACACUGUCCUCUGCCUGGAGUCUCUGUGCGAUGGGCCAACACUGUUGCUCUUAGGUAUUUAAAGUCCGUUUAA